AUGUUUUCUCAAAGUGGUACUCAAACUCCUGUUCCUUCUUCACAACAUGGAAAUCAACUGCAAAAAAUUCAAUUCCAUGAGGUUUUAGGUGAAUCUAUAACUUGGGUAAAUGAUUGGUAUCUGCCAAAUUUAUGUAAUAAUUCAAAUCAAUUAGAUUCAACAAUUUCCAAUAUUCCUACAGCUAAUACUACUACAACAACUACAACCUCAUCAUCAUCACUUAACCAAACUGGGUUGGAUGAUGAUAUUGGUACACCAGCGAUUAGUGAUUUAAUAAGAUUGAAAGGUUGGCACAAAACUAAUAUAAAUCAUAAACAAAGUAAUAAUAUAUUAAAUCCAAACGAUAUCUUAGAUUUAAGUAAAUGGAAAUAUUUCAAGAUUCCUGUGAUUGAGGAACCUGAAAAUACCACAAAUGGUUCAGAAAAUGAAAUAAAGAAAGUAGAACAAACUGGCGGAGUACUUGGAGAGGUAAUUAAGUUCUAA